AUGCAGGUAGAUCUUUCAUCUUACUGUGAGUGUCCUGACUGUUUAGAAGGUAAGCAGAGUGAGUCUGACCGGGACGCUUCUUCCAGAAAGAAAAACGAUGACUCUUUGGAUUCAAGAUCAAAGAGGGAAUCAAAGUUUUCUCCCAUUUUGCAACGCUUUCUUUCUCAAUGUUGUUCUAAGAGACUGGAGAAUCGUGCCGAGGAAGACUAUUUUCUCCCCUCAGAAGAGGAAAUUUCAGUGGGGUUCUCUCUUAAACACAAUCUCAGCCAGAUGCCAGAGAAAAUCAAAAAGAAAAUCAAACCAUUGAGAGAGCCAACGAUCCAAGAAUUGUUGAGGGAGUUUGGAGUCAGUGAGAAGUUCCAACCAAACUCUAUGUCCUUGGGCCAUUAUCGAGAUCACGUGGUCAUGAAGUUCAGAAGAGCUCUGUACCAUUUUGGAAUCUGGGUACAUGUCCAGGGUCACAAACUUGAAAAGAACUUUUCAGCUAAUUAUUUCAAAAGGAAUCCUAGUAGCUUGUUCCCACUGGUUCCCUGCUUGAAACGGGAGUUAGCAGCUGUCUAUGGAGAUUAUGGCUACACAGUGAAAAAUAUUCUCGCAGCCAUCCUCCAUCACACGACAGAAUUUAACUUGGACAGCGAGUCCUUCAUUUGCCUACUGGAGCCUUAUCUCCUACAACACACCCACCAUUUCCUGCACGAGUUUAUCAGUUUUGUUCAUUCAUCUUACAACAUGGAAACCUAUGACUGGAAGGCCAUCUAUCAAUGUCCCCUUUCUACAUGGCUGAAUAACAAGACCAUUCGCUCAGCUCUUGCCUUGCCUUUUCCUGAGGAUCUUGCCCUGAUGAUAUCUCAACAAGGCACAAAGCAGUCUAAAAAAAACCCAAUACAUUUCUAUGUCCUUGAAAAACAAGGCAGGGUAACUGUCUUAAGAGUUAUAAUCAUUGGGAUUUCAAAGUUUAGCUAUGAAAUAUGCAGAAAUAAACCCGUAAAAUUGAGUAUCUCUAGGAUUUUUACAGCAUUCUCUGGCUCCUUCCCCUGA